AUGGCAACACCCAAUGGAACUACAAUGGCUUGCCCGGCACCGAUGAAGGCAACAUCAAAUGGAGCGUUCCAAGGUGACGAUCCACUGGAUUUUGCGCUUCCCUUGCUUAUUCUCCAAAUAUGUUUGGUCAUAGUUCUUACCAGAGCGCUUGCAUAUAUUCUUAAACCAAUCAGACAACCUAGGGUCAUUGCAGAGAUCAUUGGAGGAGUAUUGCUUGGGCCGUCAGCAAUAGGGCGGAGCAAGUCAUUUCUCCACACGGUUUUCCCUACAAGGAGCAUGACAGUCUUGGACACCAUAGCCAACAUUGGCCUCCUCUUCUUCUUGUUUCUGGUGGGUCUUGAGCUUGACAUGAGUUCAAUUCGUCGUACCGGGAGAAAGGCGUUGGGAAUAGCCCUUGCGGGAAUCAGCCUUCCCUUCGUCCUUGGAAUCGGGACAUCGUUUGUUCUUCGUUCCACCAUAUCUGAAGGAGUAUCCAAAGCCCCAUUCCUGGUCUUCAUGGGCGUUGCAAUGUCAAUCACUGCAUUUCCUGUCCUAGCUCGUAUCCUAGCCGAGCUCAAACUUCUCACCACAGACAUUGGCCGCAUUGCUAUGUCAGCUGCUGCUGUAAACGACGUUGCUGCAUGGGUACUUCUUGCACUUGCAAUUGCUAUUUCAGGCUCAGACGACUCUCCAAUCAUUGCCCUUUGGGUUCUACUCUGUGGUGCUGCCUUUUUAAUCGUUGCUUUCUUUGUUUUAAGACCCGGGCUUGCCUUAAUGGCUCGUCGCUCUCUUGAGGGCGAGCCUGUGAAGGAGAUCCACAUAUGCAUCACAUUGUCACUUGUAUUGGCUGCUGGUUUUGUCACGGACACUAUUGGCAUACACGCACUUUUUGGGGCUUUUGUGGUGGGAAUUAUGGUACCAAAGGAAGGCCCUUUUGCUGGGAUACUUAUAGAGAAGAUUGAGGAUCUUGUAUCAGGAAUUUUCUUGCCACUCUACUUCGUCUCCAGUGGGCUUAAGACCAAUGUUGCAACCAUAAGUGGAGCGACUUCAUGGGGUUUGCUAGUACUUGUUAUAUUCACCGCAUGUCUUGGGAAGAUCCUUGGAACUUUCAUUGUUUCACGAUUAUGUAAGGUGCCUUUGAGGGAAUCUUUGGCUCUUGCAUUUCUUAUGAACACCAAGGGUUUGGUAGAGCUCAUUGUCCUCAACAUUGGGAAGGACAGAAAGGUGCUGAACGAUCAGACAUUUGCUAUCAUGGUUCUAAUGGCGUUGUUCACCACCUUCAUCACCACCCCAAUCGUCACGGCUGUUUAUAAGCCAGCUCGAAAGGCAGCCCCUUACAAGCACCGUACUGUCAAACGCAAAGACAUCAACACAGAGUUCCGAAUUCUAGCAUGUUUUCAUAGCACUCGCAACAUCCCCACCAUAAUCAAUCUCAUCGAGUCAUCUCGUGGAACACAUAGACAAAAGCUUUGUGUAUAUGCCAUUCACCUCAUGGAGCUUUCAGAACGAUCUUCAGCAAUCUCAAUGAUUCACAAAGCACGCAGCAAUGGUCUCCCAUUCUGGAAUAAGAAACAUGAGAACAAAGAUCAGAUGGUUAUUGCAUUUGAGGCUUAUCGGCAGCUUAGCAGCGUAAUUGUACGACCCAUGACUGCAAUCUCCGCUCUCAGUAAUAUUCAUGAAGACAUUUGCACUAGUGCAGCCCAAAAGCGAGUGGCCAUAAUUCUGAUACCAUUUCACAAGCACCAACGUUUAGAUGGAACUAUGGAGUCACUGGGACACUCUUUCCAGUUGGUGAACAAGCGUGUUCUCCACCAUGCCCCUUGCUCUGUAGGAAUUCUGGUCGACCGCGGCUUUGGAGGAACCACGCAAGUCUCUGCUAGUAAUGUUUCCUACAAGAUAGUGGUGCCCUUUUUUGGGGGACCCGAUGACCGUGAAGCACUGGCUUAUGGCAUGAGGAUGGCUGAGCACCCUGGAAUAUUGCUCAAUGUUAUCAGAUUUGUUCCCUCGCCUGGAAAAUCACUGAAAUUUGAUAAGUCGGGAAUUGAAGACAAUGUGGAUCAUGAGGAGGAUGAGCUGAUGUUGUCAGAGUUCAAAAGCGCACACAGCAACAAGGACAAGGAGUCGUCAAAUUUGUACGAGGAAAUGUUGGUCGAAAACAAGACUGAGGUGGUGGACGCAUUAAAAGCCUUGAACAAGUACAAUCUGUUCUUGGUGGGAAGAAUGGCCCCAACAGUACCCCUGGUGAACAAAACCGAUUGUCCAGAGUUGGGACCAGUGGGAAGCUUUUUAGCAUCGUCAGAAUUUUCCACCACGGCAUCGGUUUUGGUGGUUCAACAGUAUAAUCCCUUUACAAAUCUUCAUCCACUCGUGGAGGAACAAGCUUAUUAUGGAGAAACCUCUAGCAUGCCUGAUUCACCUCAUGGGGUACCGCCAGUGUAA